AUGGAUGAAGGGAAUGGGGGCGAGAUGAAAGGCGUUGUGAAGGAAGCGGAGAGAAAAGAGGUAAAUGUCGAACAGAGAGGAGACGUAAAGGUAGAAACUGGAGUUACAGCCGAAGUGAAACAUACGGGCUUUAAAUUCUGGGCGGUGUUCAUGACGGUGGGGAUGGGGAUGUUUUUUUCGGGUUAUGACGCAACGUGCGUGACUACCAUCACUCCUUUGAUCACCGACGAAUUUAACAGUCUGAAUGACAUUGCAUGGUAUGGAAUAGCUUACAUCAUAUCACGCACAACCCCCCUCCCACUCCUCCCCCUCUACUCCAGCAUCGCCGGCGGGCUGGAAUGCAUCGCCAUCAUCCUCGCGCCCCUCAUCUCCGGUUUCAUCACCGCGGGCACGUCUUGGCGAGUGUGUUUUUAUAUCAUCAUCCCCUUUGUCGUGCUCAUGCUGCUUACCACCUUUUUAUUUAUCGAUGUCUCCAACACGACGGAGCAAGCAUCUCUGUCGAUAAAAGAGAAGUUGAAGCAGUUGGAUUUACCAGGCAUAAUGAUCUUCUGGCCGGCGAUUGUAUCGUUUACGCUUGCUUUGCAAUGGGGCGGGAGUGUGUAUGCGUGGGGGGAUGGGAGGAUUGUUGGGUUGUUCGUUGUUUUCGGGGUUUUUACCGUGGGUUUUGCGGUUCAACAGUGGUAUUGCGCGGAAACAGCUACGAUAUCACCAGCGCUGCUGAAAGAAAGAACGGUGACGUUUGGAUGUCUCUUCAUGUUCGCAGUCUCCGGGUCGGGAUUUGUGGUUGAAUUCUACUCCCCCCUCUACUACCAAGCCAUCCACUCCACCACCCCCCUCGGCUCCGCCCUCCGCGACCUCCCCCGCCUCCUCGCCCUCGCCCUAUCCAUCCUCCUCGCCGGCUCAGUCACCACAUGCAUAGGCUUCUACACGCCCACCAUGCUCCUCGGCAGCAUCCUCAUGUCCGUCGGCGCCGGGCUGAUCACCACUUGGAAUACGACUACCUCGCUCGGACAGAUCAUAGGAUACAACCUGCUGUAUGGCGCAGGCGUGGGGUUCGCGUUUCAACAGCCUUUUAUAGCAGUCCAAACGGUGCUGCCGCAGAAAGAUGUGCCCGCCGCGAUUGUGGUGUUGCAGUUUGCGCAGUAUUUGGGGAAUAUUGUGGCAUUGGCGGUGGGGGAGAGUGUGUUUGUUGAGGGGCUGGUGGAAGGGUUGAAGGGCGUGGAGGGCGUGGAUGAGAAGUUGGUGUUGAGGGUUGGAGCGUUGGAUCUGAAGAGGGUUGUGCCGGAGGGGGUUAGGGGGGUGGUGUUGGGUGUUUAUGCGGAUGCGUUGGAUAGGGCGUUUUUGGUGGGUUGUGUGCUUGCUUGUGGGACUGUGGUUGGGGCGCUGGGAGUUAAGUGGAGGAGUGUUAAGGGGGAGAAGAAGGUAGAUGGUGUUGAGCGUAGGGUGAAGAAAUUGGAGGUGUGA